GUCUGAGUUCAGUCUCAUAUGGUUUUAUGUGUCCGGUUCGGUCACCGGAGGCUGCAGGCGGUCCGUGAGCUCGGGAUAAUUAACGCGCUCGCGUGUGCACGCGGCUCCGGAGCGCGUCACAGUCUGCGCGUAAUUGUGCGUCCCGUUGAGUUUGAGUGAUGUGAUUCGGGUUCAUUCGGCUCCUCUCGUCCGGUGUGACAGUCAUGGGCUCUAGGUUCUGGACUCUGGCUCUGUUCGGCACGGCUCUCUUCAUUCACGUGUCUCUACAGGGAGAACAUCAGAGAAGACUUUACAAAGAUCUGAUGAGAAACUACAAUCCUCUGGAGCGUCCGGUUUAUAAUGACUCUCACUCGCUCACCGUUCGCUUCAGCUUCAGUCUGAUGCAGAUCAUGGAUGUGGAUGAGAAGAACCAGGUUCUGACCACAAACAUCUGGCUUCAGCUGUAUUGGAAGGAUUAUUAUCUGCAGUGGAACACGAGCGAUUACCCUGGAGUUACCACGGUAAGAUUCCCGGACUCUCUUAUCUGGAGGCCAGACAUCCUUCUGUACAACAGCGCCGAUGAGAGGUUUGAUGCCACCUUCCACACCAACGUGCUGGUCAACUCAUCCGGGUACUGCCAGUACCUGCCGCCGGGAAUCUUCAAGAGCACAUGUUACAUCGACGUGCGCUGGUUCCCGUUUGACGUUCAGCGGUGUGAUCUGAAGUUUGGCUCGUGGACGUACGGUGGAUGGUCUCUGGACCUGCAGAUGAUGGAGGCAGAUAUCACUGGAUAUAUCGCUAAUGGAGAAUGGGAUCUGGUUGAGGUUCCAGGCAGAAGGAACGAGAGGUUCUAUGACUGCUGUAAUGAGCCGUACCCUGAUGUCACCUUCACUCUGGUCAUGAGGAGGAGAACGCUGUAUUACGGGCUCAAUCUUCUCGUUCCAUGCGUUCUCAUCUCAACUCUCGCCCUGCUCGUGUUCCUGCUGCCUGCUGACUCUGGAGAGAAGAUCUCACUGGGAAUCACUGUGUUGCUGUCUCUCACCGUUUUCAUGCUGCUGGUGGCAGAGAUCAUGCCCGCCACAUCCGAUUCCGUACCGCUGAUUGCACAAUAUUUCGCAACCACUAUGGUGAUCGUGGGUCUGUCCGUUAUCGCCACAGUUCUGGUGUUACAGUACCAUUAUCAUGACCCGGAUGGAGGAAAGAUGCCAAAAUGGACCCGAGUUCUCCUUCUAAACUGGUGCGCGUGGUUUCUCCGCAUGAGGCGUCCCGGUGAGGAACGGAUCCGUCUCGCCUGUCACAACAGGCCUCGGCAUGGGAGUGUGUCCAGCGUGGAGCUUUCCGUCAGCCAGGGGGCGCUGCAGCCCACCAGCGGUAACAUGUUCUACAUCGGCUUCAGAGGUAUGGAGGGCGUCCACUACGCCUCCUCACACAACUCGGGCGUGCUCUGCAGCCAUCUCAUGGGUUCCAGUGAGGAUGUGUUGUUACCAGGGGCGACGGUGUCAUCGCUAGGGGGCGGGUCUGGGGGCAGGGGUCUGGGCGGGGCUUUGGAACCGGAACUGGCAAAGAUUUUAGAAGAAGUGCGGUACAUCGCCAGGAGGUUUCGCAGUCAGGAUGAAAACGAGAGUUUGUGUAACGAAUGGAAGUUCGCGGCGGCAGUGAUCGAUAGAUUGUGUUUGAUGGCCUUCUCCUUUUUUACAAUCCUGUGCACUAUUGGGAUACUCAUGUCAGCACCUAACUUUGUGGAAGCCAUCUCCAAAGAUUUCUUCACUUGAAGUGACUUAAGAUUUUUAUAAAUGUUGUUCAAAUGCGUAGAACAGCGUGCACCUGUUAUGGGUGCUUAUGUAAGAAAAUAUUUUGAAUAUUCUUAAUGAGUUCAUGCUCAUUGUAAUGCUUUGUAAUUAUUUCACUGUGUGUGGCUAUUAAGUUACCUUAAACAUUCAAUUGGUUUUCUUAUUUCUGUGUUCACUGAAUCGACUCAAACCUCUGAUUCAGUGAUUCAUUUCAUCACAUCUCAAGUUCACACAUGUCUCAAUGACCUGAAAAUGACUGAGGUCAUGUUUUUAGUUAUAACAUUAAGUUCACAGUACAGCACAGAGGUGAAUUAUUAAGAGCAAUAUACAGUAUUUAUAAACUCUAAUAUAUGUGUAUGUUCUCUGCGUUUUGAUCAUUUAUGAGUGUUAACUAAAACUCACGGUGUGUGUGUGUGCGUGCAGUGCAGUGCAGUCUGAGAAAAUUCAAAUGUUUACAAGGUCAAUGUCUCAUAUAGUCAUACUUUUGAAAAAGUUUAAAUAGUUUAGAAUUCGUUCUAAUUUGUUUUAUUGUUUUUAAUAAUUUUCAGACAAAUUUCUUCUUACUUCCAGGUUUCAGUGAUAAAAAAAUCUUUGUUUGUUAGCGUGAUCUGAGAAUCGCACUCUUCUGGAUCCGAUUCUUGUGUGUCUGAUCAUUCAGACUCCAUCUUGUGUUGAUGUUGGGUCAUUUAGAAUUAUUUAGAGUAAAUAUGAGAUUUUCAUGUUUACAGAUUUGCUGAUUUAUAUGCUCAAACAUAGUCGCAUACACUUUAAUGGCAAAUAUUCAAUAUCUGUGUUCUUCUGGUUCUACAUGUAUGUGCUGGUCCUCUGUGCUUUGUGAACAAUGUACAGGUGUAUUUUUAUAUUAAAAGAUUCCGUUUUCUCAUCUCAAAGCAUUUUUUGGAGGGGAGGGGUUUCAAAAGCUUUAAACCUGCAUUUAUAGUUGCGUUUGUGCCGUGUCAAAUAAGUCUGUGUGUCUGUUCCAGAACUCCAAGAGGCAAACAAAAGUCACGUUCAGACAGCUGAAGGUCAAAUUCACCUGCAUUUCAUCCUAGACCUGUAUGAAUUUCCUUUUUUUUAUAGAAUUAUCGUUUAGUUUAUUUAAUCUUUAUGUUCCUCACAACUGAGCUCUGCGAUCAAAAGUCAAUUUUAUUGA